AUGGUGAUGGAAUGGGACCCGAACCUGGUAGUUGUGAAGUAUCCCAUGUGCGCCCAGUCGAAGAUGGAAUUGGGAGAGCCAGGUCUCCCCGUGGCCUUCCCGCAGGUUGAGCAUCACUGGACGUCCACCACCGCGCGCGUGGUUCUGAAGGUGGAUGCAGAUGUGUCGCUGCAGCUCAUGCAGAUCUCCGAUGCGCACAUCACCUUAUCCCCCGUGGACGGCCUGGAGCUGAAACAUGGGCAGCGCAUGCACGGGGCCUUCUAUGGUGGGUCCCCAUGCCUGUGGAACAACUCCCUGGUGCAGCCUGCGCCGAUGUUCCGUGAGCUCCUGGAUGUGGCCAGCAGCGCCAGGGUAGAUGUGGUGGCCUUGUCGGGCGACCUUCUCAGCUUUCCGCAGGCCAGCGCCGUGCACGCGGUGAGCGAGUUGCUCAAUGCUUCCUUAAGGCACAGAUGCGGCGGUCGUAUCCCUUACGUCUUCACAAGUGGGAACCACGACUGGUUCUUCGAGGGCAUGGCUGGCAGCCAGCAGGAGUUGCAGGAGCUCUGGCGAAGGACGGCUCUUCAUCCGCUCUAUGCCGCGAGCGCCACCUGGAGUGAGCAUCCGAACUACGACUUCUCGAGUUUUGAGUCAGGGGGCGUCCUCAUCCUCGUCAUUGACAACUCCCGGUACCAGGUGAGCUACGAGCAGCUGCACUUCUUCCAGCGCCAGAUGCUCCGCUGGAAGCCCACGGUGCUGGUGCUUCACAUCCCUUUGUCUGUGAAUGACCAGCUCCGACCACAUCGCGGCUUCACCUUGUGUGGUGAUCCCUCCUGGGGUGAGAGCACCGACCGGUCCUGGCGCGAUGAGCAGCGCAAACCCUGGCCCAAGGAGGGCAAUGACCGCCCCACACAGCUCUUCCUCGAGGCCGUGAUGGCCGCGGCCGCGCCAAAGGGGCCGCUGGUGGCGGUAUUGGCCGGCCACACUCAUGGCCACGACGCCACAGAGGUCGGCGACAGUAGCGCUGUUCAGUACAUCAGCACUCCAGCUACACAUGGAGGCCAUCGCUUUCUGAACGUGCGGAGCGUCCCCGCAGGUGCGCAGGAGGCCCUUUCAGAGGACCUCGCUGUGAGCGAUUUCCUGCUUGGCCUUUCUUGGGCAGCUCUGGGAGCGUGGCCAAGCGAGACGGAGAUUGAAGUGGACCUCGUGUGGGGCUGCUGGGGCGGGCUCCGGGCGCUGGAGCGCAGGGCGCAGCGCAUCAGCUCCAAGCUGGUGAUCCGCGGCCUGGACGCCAUGCUGGAGCGCACCCAGGAGGCCAUCCGCCAUGGGCUUCUGCUGCUGGCGCGGGCGCUGAAGCCGCUGCUGGGAGCCGCGGUGCCCUGCGCGCCUUGCACGGAGGCCGGGGGGCCUCUUCACCGUCUGCUGCGUGUCCUGCCGCUUUGGGCCGACCCUCCCAGCUUGAGCUACGAGCCCGGUCUACGCCUCGAGGUUGGGGGCUGCUCUCUGCUUGCGGAGGUGAACGAGGCUUUGAGCGCGAGGGAGGACUGGAGCGGCUUGGGCUUCAGAGUGGGCCGCAGCCUCGGAGUUUCGGAGUUGGCCGCAGCCCCGUCAUCCUCGGAUCCGUACCGGGGAUCUCCUUACGGGCCCGGGAGCCUGUGGGUGGUGCGGCACCCGCCGCCGGACUACGGCUAUGGCUACGGAUAUGGCGGGUACGGCGGCUACCCACCGCCACAGCACCCGCCGCCCUAUGGCUACGGAGCGCCGCCAGGCCAAGACAAGCCGCCAGGCCACCCGCCGCCACCUAGCUACGGAUACGGCCCGCGCGGACACCGGGAUGAUUCGGAUGAGCCCAGAAUCACUGGGCAGUUUAACCAUGAGCACAUCAAGGGCUUCAACUACCAUGUUUUGAAGCACGGGGCUACCAGGCCAUGGGUAUCCUCCCCCGCACUGGCCGCCGCCGCCCCAUGGCUAUUGGCCGCCGCCGCCGCGGCCUUGACGUCUCCGCGGAGAGAAGGGAAGUGCCCCCUCGAGCGUUUCGAGCGGGUGUACGGCUUGCGGUACACCUGCCGCUUCUUCAUUGGCAUCGAUAACGAUGUGGACAAGUUCAGAGUGGCGAAGCGUAUCAUCGGCGCAAACGGCUGCAACAUGAAGGAGCCGCUUCAGCCGGGGGAGAGGUUGGAGGGCGUGGGGCGCCUCGUGGUGGAGGACAUCGUGAAGAAGUCCGGGGACGUCGCCAAGCUGCGGCUCCGCGGGAAGGGCUCCGGCUUCGUGUGGGGGCCAAGACGCAAGCCUGUGGUGUGCGGGCGGAAGGGCCCUGACUCGUUUGCAAUUGCAGCCCUCCGGCCCAAGGCAGAGCGCGACACUGGGGAGGAAUCCCCGGCCCUGAGCUGA